AUGGAUUUUGAGCUGCUCGCAAACAUGGACCGAUGUCCCAUGUACGCCUCCUUCUUUGGCGCACUUGGUUGUGCCUGUUCCAUCGUAUUCACAACUUUCGGCGCAGCAUACGGCACCGCAAAGUCCGCCGGCGCAAUCUUCCAAUCUGGCAUCCUCCGCCCCAACAUGAUGAUGCAAAACACCUUGUGUGCCAUCAUGGCCCAGAUCCUGUCCAUCUACGGUCUCGUAGCAAGCGUCAUCAUGUCAAACAACAUCAAGGAGAAGAUGGCUAUCCACACGGCCUUCUUGCAGCUCGGUGCCGGCAUUUCCGUAGGGCUGUGCGGCAUGGCUGCUGGCUUUGCUAUUGGCAUUGUUGGUGAUGCUGGAGUUCGUGCAAGUUCGCAGCAACCGCGUCUCUAUAUCGGAAUGGUUCUCAUCCUCAUCUUUGCCGAGGUCCUAGGCUUGUACGGUGUCAUUGUGUCCAUCCUUAUGUUAACUCGCUCCACCGAUGGUGUUACCGAAUGCAGGUACUGA